AGAUCUGACAUAUUGACAGGAAAACAAGAAGGGGAAAUCUCCUCAAAGCCUCCAAAAUGCCGGUCCGGGUAUUCCGCCAGUCAUAACUCCGGACUCUUAUAUUAAUUUGCUCGUGUUCCUGACUGCUGUAUAACCCAUAAGAUCGAGAGUGUGGAGAACCCUGUCUGGGACAUGCAUUCGCAAUCUUGGGUUCAGCCAAUAUUGCUCGAGAGCAGAGCUCAUUUAGCCAUUCCAAUGCACCCCUACGAUCCCAUCCACAUGUAACCUUGGAUCUUGUCUACUGAAAAGAGAAAAAUUCUCCUGCUAAGCGAGGAUAACCCCUGACUAGACCUGUCAAUAUAAGUCUGGAUCAUGCUGCCAGACGACUUGAAUCUUGGACGAUCGUCCAGCCUUGAACCAUCCAGGGACUCAUCAUGAGGUUCACUAAGGUUAUUGGCGGCAUCACCGCCGCCUUACUCGUGAGCGGCGUAUCAGGUGCCAAGCUGCCCGAGAGACAGGAUGCUUCUUCAGUUUCCUCUGAGACACCUGCUCCUCCCGCUCCUCCUGCGUCGACCGAAACACCGGUCCCACCACCACCGCCUGCUUCUACGGAGGCCCCGGCACCUCCAACUUCUUCGGCACCCCCGGCUCCGGUCGAGACAUGCGCGGCGCAUUUGCUAGUAGACGACUUCUCUCAAUGGGAGACCGGCGAGAACUCCCUGAAGGGAGCUACGAGCGAUGACCAGACUAUGAACGCCACCAGCACUGAUGGCGGCAUCCUAACAUUCACACCCAAGAACAUCGAUGUAUCGUAUAUCUACGAACAGUUUGACUGUCUAGACACCGUAGCGCUCGGAUACGACUCCAUAUCAUUUAACAUCAAGGGUCCUGAGGCGGCUUCCGUCUCAAUUGAGCUCCAAACCGUCGCCGAAUGCUCAAGCACUGAGUAUCAGAGCUCCUACUACACCCUUGACGGCCUUAGCGGUUCUAUACAAACAAUUAAUAUCCCGCUAAACAGCUGGGAGGGAGCUGGCCUGGACGGGGUCGUUGGUGUCCUAUGGUACGGCUUCUCGGCUGGCUUGACUGGCACCGACAACGUGUGGCAGCUGGAUAACGUACAGUUCCUGUGCGCUAGCAUUCCGCCGCCCAAAAACCCCGAACCACCUGUAGUCACACCGGUGCCCACUACCGUGCCCACUACCGACCCUACUGAUCCCGAGCCGCCAGCCACCGUCACAACUACAAUCUUCGUGACUCUGCCCGGUGGUGAUGUCACUACGACGACAGAGACCACUACGGGAAGCUGGAGCACGCCCGGCAAAUCGACUACCACGAAGCGCUCAGGAUGGCCUACUACUACUACCCGUCCUAUCGAGCCGACCGAGCCUCCAUGGUGGGAUGACCCAUGGGAUGACCCGUGGGAAGGCUGGCCCGACAGCCAAGCCGCGCCACAGCAAGUCACCGCCACCGCUGCCGCCGGCCCUACACCGACAGCUUCGGUAGCGAUGGUGGUCCAGCCGAUCGUAGCUCGCGCAGAAGCUGCCCAGUGCGACCAUCUUCUCGUCGACGACUUCGUAUCCCAAUCUCUCUUGACCUUUCUCUACUACAACGCCUUGCUGAAGUCGAGUAGCGACGACGGCACUAUGAAAUCCGUUGUGGUCAAGAACAAUAGGGUGACUUUCACACCCGUCGAUACUGACUCGUACUGGUACACUCAGCUCGGCUGCAUCGAUGCGGAACAAUACGGGGGAAUCUCGCUUCGCAUCUCAGCUGCUGCUGGCACAACCUUCGACGUCCAGCUUUCUUCUACAAAAGGCCAGUGCGGCACCGAGAGCACCAACGAUGUUGGGAUGACGUCAAAACAACUCGGCUGGACUUUCAACGGAAAGGAGCAGCUAUACUCUAUCCCCUUCUCCAAGUUUAAGGGGCUUGACCUAACCAAGUUGGAAACAAUCUUCAUUUCCAACUUGGUAAAACCUGUUACCUUUGGGCCUUUGGCUUUGUACUGUGGAGACGAGGUUGUCGAAUAUGUCCCCCCUGCAGUUGUCGAACCAUCCACUCCUACCGAAACGGUGCCAGCACCCCCGAGCAAAGCUACUAACCUUGUGAUCGACAAGUUCGCCAACUCGGAAACAAAUGCUUUGCAACAAUGGCACGGAGCGGACGAGGGGAUGACUGUGACUUUCAAGAAAAACACCAUGACGCUGCAGACCAACGACUCGGAUCUGAUGUGGGUUACGCAAGUGUCCGAGACCUGCAAGGACUUAACCGAGUUCGACGGGUCUUACCUCCACGUCGCUUACACGGGAAGCAACCUAUUUACCAUCGCCCUCCAACAGCACAACGAGAAGUGUAACAACGACAUCUACCCCUACCCCGAGACCUGGGACUCCCUCGAAGCCUCGCGGUACAGCACCAAGACCGACAUCUGGAUCCCGCUGAACCACUUCAACGUCGACCGCAAGCGGGCCAUCGGCUUCGCAUUCAAGGGCUUCUACAGCACCACCGCAACCGUCUUCUCCAAGAUCGAGAUCGUCAACGAGGUUCCCGAGGACUUCCAAGUCCCAGAGAAACUACCCUCCGGCCAGUUUGUCUUCGCCUGCAAGCGACCCAACUCCUUCGCCUUCGCCAUCGACGACGGCGACCCAGUGUUCGCGCAACAGGUCAUGAAGACGAUCGACGACGAGAACAUCACCGUGACAUUCUUCACCGUGGGCGCGCCCCUGCGGGACCCGACCACGAACCUAAGCGCCAUCUACAACGAGAUGGCCUCUAAGGGACACCAGAUCGCGCUGCACAGCUACACGCACCCGCCUCUAGAAGGCCUCGCAGACGACGCGUCGAUCGACUGGGAGUACACGAACGACAUUGAAGCGGUCAAGGAAACGUUCAACGGGCUGACGCCCAAGUACUUCCGUCCCCCGUUCGGCACCGAAGGCGCGCGUAUGCGACAGCGUCUCGCGGCGCUCAUCGAAGACCCGUAUAUCGUGCAAUGGAGCGUCGACGUGGAAGACUGGCUGUGGGCUGAAUCUAGUACCCCCGAGAAGCAGCUCGAUGCGUUCAAGCGAGACGUCGCGGCCGGCGGCGACAUCGUCGUCAUGCAUUACUUGUACAACAGCACCGUCAGCUACCUCAAGGAGUUCAUCCAGAUCGCCAAGGCGACUGGCAAGCAGCUAAUGCGCGUGGAUCAGUGCAUGAUGGACCCGAAUGCGCCGCCGCUGCCGGGUGAGGAGGAAUAGGGGGGUAUGGUUGUUACAGGGGUACGAUGUAUAUAAAAUUGGCUUGUUGCUGUUGUGUGGUUAGUGCUUAAUAA